CACCUUCUUCUGAGGCUUCACAUGACACAUCAUUCGAGGAUCCCUCCAAGCUUCCAUAUCAGAUAUGGAGGCAUAUCACAGCUGAGCAGUGGCAUGCAUUUGUUGCACAAAAAACAACUACCCCAGAAGUUGUUGCAAUUCGUGAGCAAAAUAGCGCGAAUGCAAAAUCUAGGAAGCACUACCACCAUCUGGGUGCUCAUUCGUAUGGUCAGGCGAGAGAAUCGUGGAUGUAUGACCAUUACCCCACGAUCGCGUCGACCACGACGCAAUCGGGCACUAGCUCUACGACGACAGUUGCACAGCGGCAACCAGAUAGAGUGCUCGAUUGGUGGUGUUCCAUGCAUGGGGUUGAUGCAAAGGGACAGAGAAUCAUACCUGAUCCCGGAACAAAACAGAUAGCUAAUGCCAUUAUUGGCUUGAAGGAAAAGGAGGCAGCUGGUGAGUUCACUCCUAGAGGACAAGUUGAUGCCUUACACGAGACUAUAGGACGGGACCAGUAUGGACGUGUGAGGGGCGUAGGAGGUGUCCGCCUCGGGGUGAGAAAGGUGUAUGGUGAUCAAUACACCUCUACGUCCAGAUCCACUACCUCCAGUGUCAAUUCAUCACCUUCCAUAGAUGUGGAGGCUAUGAAAGCCGAACUUCGGGAGGAGCUCAGAGCGGAGAUGACUCAGAAUUUCAACGCCAUUUUGGCGCAGAUGGGCUUACCGACUUUUGGUGCUUUCACGCAGGGCAAUGUUCCUAUGCAGCCUGUUCCUACGCAGCCUCGUCCACAACCGGAGUUAACGGAAGAGACACCAUGUGAGCUAUGUAAUCAAGGAGAUGGUCAUGGUAGAUUCAUUAUCGUGGCUUAUGGAUCUGUACAGCCCCCUAGGGACCGGCCACUAUUGCACAACCAGCCAGUAGCUGAUAUCCACUAUGUGGUCAGCGUUGAAGACAUUGUGACCGGUUUCGAAGCAUUUCCUCUUCCGCAGCCGAAUGCAGCAGUUGGUCUACAGUUAUUGUCUGAUUCCAUUGGCAGUUAUAUUCUAUGGCCGCGUGCAUUGGUGCGGUUAGCAUAUCAGGGUUCGGGGAAGGCCGACAGGAAGGGAAAGAAGGUAGCUUCACCUCAGGGAGGCCGACGUGCCCAAGUGGGAACGAAUUCUUCAGCAAAGUAUCCACUCAUUACGGAUAUGGAGGUGGUGCAACGCCUUACUAAACCGUGCUUCUGGCUACAUGAGUGCAUUAGUGAUGCAGCCGAUGGAGCAAUGAUUGAGAUUAAGUUGUCGCACCACCAAUUCCACUACAUUGAUGAGGAAACAUCGACCUUCAUUUGUAAGGAUGAUAUUAAAGAAUUCUUACUUGGGGAAGAGUUGAAUGUUUCCAUGAUACAAACAUUCAUGAGGCUAUUAUACAAUGAUGUGAGGCGAUCUAGUCAGCCAAUCUUUGGUUGGUUAUGUCCAAGCUUUGUACGAGAUGACAGUUGCGUACAAAACGAAAAAGAGGUGAAAGUAUAUCUCAAGGAUUCUUUGAACGCAUGUUCUCGUCUUGGAUAUAAGAUCGUUCUUCUUCCUUACAUUGAAUCGAACCAUUGGACACUCAUUGCAAUAUGUGUGUCAAGUAACGAAGUCUACCACUUUGAUUCUUUGCGUAAAGAAACAAUACGGUCCUUACUAGUCAAAUCAUUGUUAAAAAAGGUAGCCUAA